AAUUGAUUUCUUUAUUUAAAGUACCAAAACAACGAAAUAUUAAUAAAUCUAUAUCAAAUACCCAAUUAUUAAAAACAGUUGAUGGAGUUGUAUCAAAUAAUAAUUCAAAUCAAACAAAACCUAGAGUUGAAAUACCAAAAAGAAAAGUGCAAAAUAAAAAUAAUCGUUUUAUUUCAUUUUUUCAAUAUCUUUUCUGUCAAUGUGUACCGAUUGGUUCAAAUGCAACAGUAGCACCUGCUAUUAAUAAUAAUAAUCAAACAAAAGAUAGUAACAAUCAUUUAAAUCAAAUUUCUACAAAUACACAAGUUGAUAAUUAUCCAAAGGAAAAUAUGGUUCUGAAUAAAAAUUCUUCUAAUUGGAAAAAAGUAUGCAAAGCAGUCUUACCAUCUCUUGGUAAAAGUCUUCGAACAAUACCAAGUGAAGAUGAAUUACUUGAACGAUCACUAUUUUCAUCUCAAUUAAUGGAACAAAUAACCAAUGAUAUUAAUUGUUUAAAUAAACAAAUUUAUUUAACACGAACAUUUAAAACUUUAUAUGAUCAAUCACUUACAUUUACUAUAUUUCAAUCAUAUUUUCAACGUAAUAAUUUAAUUCAAUAUAUUUAUGAAAUAAAACAUAAUGAAGAACACAAUCCUGAUUUAAAUCAAUUCGUAAAUGAAUUUCAUUCAUAUAGUGAUUUACGUAUAUGUGAAUGUAUUGAUCAUGUAAUGAGUGUUUAUAUUAAAUUAGUUGAAUAUUAUACAAAUCUCUAUGAUAUAUAUGAAAAAAUGGUUGAUGAUAAACGUGAUCAUUUACGUUUAAAACAAUUUGAUCGUGUUAUGCAUUAUCGUAUAGAAAUUUGUCAAUUAUUAUUACGUUGUAAUUGUUUACAACGUUUAUUAGUUGAAAUUACAAAUGCAAAAAAAUUUAUAGAAAAAUUUCAAAAUGAUACAAAAAAUCAAGAAGAUUUUAUAUAUGAAUAUCAAUUUUUAAUAACUAAAUAUACAUAUGAUCUUUUUCAAGCUAUAGUUUUACAACGUACAAGAGCUAUUCGUGAUUCAAAACAAUUAUGUGAACAAAAUUUAAGAGAAUUAAACCAAGCAUAUCAAAAUCAAAUUUGGGAAAAAUUAAUAUCAUGUACAGAAUCAUCAAGUUUAUCAUCAGCAAAUGAAAAAAGAAAACUAUUUGAACAUAGUAAAAUUGAAGAUUCAAAAGAUUCUUCACUAGAUUGUAAUUCCAAUAGUCAAUCAUCUACAGCAUCAAGUUCUGAUCCGCUUUGUCUUUUUGAUGGUAAAUAUCGUCUUGAAUAUUUAUUAUGUCAAUAUAAUCUUCUAAAAUAUGAUUUAUCUCGUCAACAAUCAAUUGAUUCUAUAAAUACUUUAAUCGAGCUACAAUACUAUACAUUUCCAUUAUCAUUUUCUCUUCCAUGUACAAUAAUGCUAGUUGAAUAUUUCUAUUGUCGAAUGAAUUAUACACAAUGUUUAACGUUAAUCGAUAAAAUAAUUCGUUUUUGGUGGUCAUAUACAAAUCCACAUGAAAAAGUUGAAUUUGCUAAAUUAAAAUGUCUAUCAUUAAUAAUCGAAUUAAAACAAGGUUCACUUAAUUCAGCUAUAUUAUCGGGUUAUUUUGCUAAACGUAUAUUAACUGGUUAUCAUGAAAAUAUAUUUCUUAUACAAUCAUGUAUACAUUUAACAUUAGCAUUAAUUGGUGAAAUGCGUAUAUCAAAUGUUGAAUUAAUACUUCAACAUUUAGAAUAUUUAAGUGAACAAACAAUGGAUUGUUAUGCGAAAUUAUGGUAUUAUACAUUAGUUAUUGAUAUUGCUAUUGAACUUGGUUAUGAAUUAUUACCAAUAACAAAUGAUUUUCUUGAAAAUGUAACAAAAUAUCGUAAAAAACUUCUUCCAGGUUCUAAUGAAAGAAGUUUAUUACUUGUUUAUAGUGAUUGUACAUUAGCACAAGUUUAUGCACGUUUAGGUUUAUUAAAUUCAUCAAAAAUACAUUUUCAUCAAGCUUUACAUCAAAUAAAAUAUGAUCAAAUGCAUCUAUCUAAUACAGAUUUUCGUUUGAAACGUUCAUUAUUAAAAUUAAUUGAAACACAAUUAUUACAUUGGUAUUAUAGAGAAGAACAAGAAGAAGAUACAACACAAGAUUAUUUUUUAUUAAAUUAUUUAGAUGAAUUUAAAAAUGAUAAAUUUAUAUCAUGGAAUAAAUCAAGAUUUUUUAUCUAUCAAGCUUAUUAUGAUAGAUUAAUUAAUGAUUAUAGAAGACAGAAAUGCUUUCCUAUUGCUAAUGAUUUCAAUUGGGAAAUAAUUUUAUGUGAAGCUGAAAAAGAUGCUAUUAAACUUGAUCUUGAAUGGAUAAAAUGUUUAAGAAAUGCAUGGAUACAUCCUGUUUCUGAACAAAUCUCAUUACAAGGAAGUUAUUCAACAUAUAUAGAACAACGUCGUGGAUCAAAAUUAUCAAUUAAACCAAAUAAUCGAUAUUUUAUUCGAUCAUCAUUAUCUCAUAUGAAAAUAUCGUUGACCAAUGAUAUGAAGAUAAAAAACGAUGAUGAUGUAAAAUCUAUAAC